CGGGAUCCGCCGCUGUCCGGCCGGCUGCAUCGCGGGUGGGCCCGGCGGGCUGGGAGCUGCCCUCGGGCUGUGGGGAGCUGCCCUCGGGCUCUGGGUGCUGCCCACCCUGCGCUGUGUUCCAUUCUGUCCUUGUUGAGAGCAUCUCGGCAGCCUUUAGGUAGCAUCUCUGCGUCGCUGAAAUCAUGAACUUAGAACCUACUGUUGAUGCCAUCCGCCUGUCUGACCUCUUCGUGUUCCAAACGCGAUGUUCUUGUUGCUCUCCUUCAGUUUAUUUCAGUAAGUGUAAUUGAGGCAUCGAGAUGGCAACUCCGUGCAGGUGGUUCCCAAAGCCAUCAGCACUGCUGGCCCCAAGGCUUGGCCCUCCGUUCUCACAGUCUGUAAGUACACGUGGAUCUGCUUGAAGAGCAGUGGAAGGUUCUUGUCCAUGUCUUGCAGCCUGUGCAGAAACUGAGGAUGAAUAACUCUGAAGCAGUGCUCAAGGUAGUCUCGCAACACCUCGUGUCAUUUCUCAUUGAAAGCUUUAUGAUAGAAAUGAGGUUGUUGCUGCUAAUUUGCAUUUGAAUCUGUAUGGAGCAGUCUGUAGGCUGCUAAAUGUCUCUGAGCUGUCGAGUUCCUCAUUUCCAAAGAUGAAGAACUUUUCCCAUUCUCUAACCUUGGAAAAAGGAAGAACAUGAACUAGUUUUCCAUUCCUAUACGUAAGAGGAGUUUUGUUGUCUGAAUUUAUUGCGGAGAACGCAAAACUUGCAUUGAAACUAAUUGUUGCCAAACCAAGCAGUUGACCUUCCAGGGUGUAACUGGAGCAGUUGCACAGAUGUUUGGCUACUCUGCAGCUAUGGGAAUGAACUUUAUCACUGAUGUGUCUUAAAGCCAUGGCUUUCACCAUGUUCUUGCUCACAAGCAGAGUCAAAGAAUUUUGCAGGAUUGCUCUCAGUUCUCACACAUCUGGAGGAUCAAGAGUUUGUCUGUCUGCAAGACGUUCAAAGAGAAGUGGCUGGACGUAGGACAGUAGCAUAAGAACUCUUAAAUAAAACUUCAUUUCCAAUAACUGAAAAGUUAGCAGACAUAAAGAACUCUCAGAUCAUGAUGGCACUCAAGCCUUGAAGCUGGUUGCUCACAGAGGUUGUGGUCUCUGUCCUCACAUCUGCUGGGCUCACCAUUGCCAUUACUUUGGUAUGCUCCCUUUAUCUGACAAGUUACCCAGUGUUGCCCAGUGGAAAAUAGGUUUUCCUUUUUUCUUCUUCAGAGUGUCAACUGUCAGCUAAGAUAAAACAAAACAAAUUAUCAUAAACUUAGCAUUAGUUUCAUUGGUCUCAGGAAAAACUGUGCUUGUGUUGGUUGGGUAACCGCCCACUUGGUGGUAAGUCUGGAAGUUUCCAUCAAUUAUUGCUCCACGCAUCCCUCCACAUUAUGGAAAACUUCUGUGUGGUGUUUUUUGGCAGAAUUGUGGAAGUUCUUAUGGCUAAAUGCUUGGUCUACCCAAAAUCAAAACUGAUGUGUUUUCUAAUGAAAAUACAUCAACGCAUCCAACUCUUCUUACUUACUAAAUAUCAGGAUUGACAUAACAGACCCUUGUAUUUUUUAUGUACUUAGUUAAAAUAUUUAUAGCACUUCAACUUGAAUUUGUAGGUAAUGUUGCUGUGUUGAACAGUUUACAUUUAACAGAACGAUCAUUUAUUUCCAAUACUCAAUCAGCUGAGGUGGACAGGACGGUUUGUGGUGUGCAACACAGUGCUGAAAUUUGACACUUGGGCUGCUGGGGAUGAGUUUGGUGUGAAUAGGUGAACACCUGGGUGUCUGCAUCAGCAAGCAGCUGUUUGCACAGGAUGUUAAAUUUUUCAUGGGUUUAUUUAAAAAUCGAAGACCAUCUCCUUUGGAAAGUUUUCUUUCUAGGUGCUCCUAAGUGGUGUAGAGGUGAUGAAAAUAGAUUUCUUUGUAAGGGCUUGAGCACUUCUCAAAGGGUGCUGUGCUGUCGUAAUCCUUGAAGUAACCUUGUUGAAGAAAAUAAGCAUAAUCAAGCUUAGUCUUUUAGAGUGAGACUUUUCACACAGUGUAUCAUAAGCAAAAAGAAAGUAAGCUGUUCUCCCUUGCUUCAGGGCUGCUUGCAUAGUUAGGAUACUGGAAGUUAAUUGCAAGAUUUCUCCCAGUGUUCUCAAAGCACUAACCUCAACUGUCCUCUCAUUUGCUGAGCACUGUAUGCCACCAUUCCUUCCAGGCAUUCCCAUUCAUGUUGGCUUUUCCAUGAAUAAGUCUUGCAGCAAGUUUAAUGUAGUGAAUUUUCUUCAAGGUUUUCUGUCAGUGGCUGCCUCUGUUCAGAUCAUUUCCAUCAUCUGUUUUACAUUGCUGUGCAAGCUGCAUUAAGGCACUGCUCCUCCACCUGACUUGUGAUCAUCUGAACUUCUCAAGAUAAGGCUUCUCCAGCAGAGCAUGCCUCACCAAGGACAUGUUAGCAGAACUGUUUGUGCUCUUGGCAUCUGUCAUCUUUGCCUUUCACACUCUAGUAGAAAAAUGUGUUUCUGAUCCAACAGUGGCAUGCUGUAUUCUGUCCUUUCUGUAGAGAACCACGAUGGUAAUGUAGUUUGUUAUCUACCUCGGAUAUGUGUUGAAUUGUGAGAGUAGUUUGAAGCUCUAAAAGAGUAGACAUACAAAUUAUCAUUAACUUAGUAAUGCUUCCAUUGAAUGAUGUGGUUAGAAUCUCAAUUAAUCUACAGUUGCUUACAGCCUGGGUCUUGGGCUGGUCAGAAAGCUCCAGUGCUGCCCAGAAGGUUGUACCAGAGAGCAGGAGCAAGAUGCAAGCGUUCUGGAUGCUCUGAACUGACAAUGCUAAGGUAUAGCAGUGUGCUGUGCAGCUGUGUCUGUAAGGCUGUACUAUAGUGUACAGGAGAAAAAUGAGGACAGGUGGGUGUGAUGGGGUUCUGGAGGAACAUCUUCAUUUCCACUGAAAAGAGAAAAGCCAAAUCACUCGCCUAAUAAACUAAUGUGUAUGUGUCUGCAUUUAGGUGAGAAGAAGCUGAUGCAGAAUCAGUGCAUCUGGGUGUAGCUGUUCCUACAGGAGUAAAUUUGGAGUUCUUCCUUAUGACAGUUUUUUGGCUAACUUCUUCCUGCUGUUUUUUUUUGUGUCUUGAUGUGCCUUAAAUCCAUUUCAAAAGUCAGUGGAAUUAUUUCAGCUUUAUUCUAAAUGGUGUUACGUGCUCAAGAGGGCUUUUGUGAAAUAAAAUUUAGUGUAGGAAAAGAGAAUGGUAGGAGUCAACCAGGGCAACAGUGGCAAAUGUGAUGGGAAAAAGAAACAGUGAUUUUUUUUUUUCUUUUAUAAGAGCAGGAGAGGAGAGCAUCACAGAGCAUCGUAGAGCAGAGGAACGUGGAAGAGAAGCAGAACAGGAAGAAAUGAUGCUUGAGUUAGGAAGAAACUUUGAAGAGUAAAGCAGAUUGCAUGAUUGCUUAUCUCUCAUUAAGGACUGAGAUAAUGAAGUAGACAAGCUCUCCAGCUUUCACCCCCAGUUAUUGUUGGCACUGAACAAUUAGGAGAAGGCAAAGACUGGCAGUACCUGAUGGUAGUUGAGAUGAUUCACCAGUGUGGGCCUAUUAACAUAUCAGCCAUGGUGUGAAGGAGGGCUGAUGAUCCCCACUGUGUUUAUCAACAAGCAGAAGGUGCUACCUGUGAACAUUCUCCUCGUUUACAUGCAGUGCCAUCCUGUUGGCUUCUGAUUUGGGCGUAGAUCACAAUGAAAAGCAGAUGACUUCAGUUUUAAACGUGCGUCUCUUUCCUUACAGGCACCUAACGUGGUUAGUUAUCCUCUGAGCAGAGGGAUUGCUCCUGGGUUGUAUGGCUUCUCCCACCCCGGGUUGUUGUCAUGUUUCUCAGUGGUAGCUUAAGGAUUCACCUUCCCUGAAAGACGUGGUGGUAGCACUCAGUUAAUGAGAUCCCUUCUGGGUUAAGUGGAGUCGCAGCAAUUGCGUGCUGUGCAGAAUGUCGUCAUCCAAGUGAGCUGUGCUUUUGAAAGAAGAGGCCAAAAUAUUGAAGUAUGUGCAUGUAAUCUGGGCAGUGCUGUCUUCGUUGUGAGAUGCUGGAGUGCGAUGUUUGGUUUGGGAGAAUUGCUUGCUGUGCAUAACAGCAGAAAUAGGUGAUGUUGUCUGGACAGGUCUGGUUUUGGAGCUUUUUGCAUCUGUGUAACUUCAUGAGCUUCAGUUUUCCUUCGCUGCCAUGUGCUGUGAGGAAUGGGAGUUCUCCAAUCUUCGAUGGAGGUGUAGCUUAGCCAAAAUCUCAUUGGUUGUAGUGACUUAACCAGAGUGGGAAAGUUCAGCGAGGGUUCAAUGGAAGAAUUUCUUUGUUGUUAAAAGACAAGCCUUUGUUGUGGAUUCCUCGCUUUGCUUUCUGUGUGGUGUGUGUGCAUUUCUUCAUUUGCAGAACCAAAUGAAGGCUCUGGGGCAGCACAUCGUUCCCAGUGCAGGAGGAGCUGCACGGCGAGCAUCUCCCAAUGCUCUGCACAGGUUCACAGCUGUGAUCCUUCAGGGAGAACACACCAUAACGUCCUGGUGUUUGACACCAGCUCGGAGCUCCGGGUUGUGGGAGCCAUUGGUCAGCAGAGGCUUUGUUUGGAGCCGGCCCAUGAAUAUUCAGAAAUCCUAGGAAUCUCAGAGAAAUCUGGGGGCAGAAAGGGACGAUCUGAGUCUGCGUGUCCCAGUCGUUCAGUUCUAGAAAGGGAGAAAUGAAAUGCCAGCAGCAGGUGCCUAGCUCAGAUUGUAGGAAGCUUCCACUUAAGAAGGAUACAAAGAAACUGUACUUCUUGAACGGGAAGAUGGGACCCCUGAGAAACAGAGCGCUGCCUGCCUUUGUCCUUUCACAUGUAUAGGUGUUUGGAUUUUUUUUAAUGCAUCCCAACAUCCAUCUCAUUACUUUUAGACUAAAACCAUAGAAGUUAUUAAAACCAACCUUUCACAGUGCUGAGAAACCCACCUAACUCAACUCCCCCCCCAACCCCGGGGCUCCAUCUCCCCAAGGCGCACUCAAAGCCCACACGGUGCUGCACAGGCUGUGCGCUCCCCCCUUGGGCUGCUGCCUGGGCAGGCUGGGGGGGCCCUGCAGCUCCCAGCUCCAUGUAUGGCUCACUGACCCCACCGGCUUCUCUUCCUGCUGCCAAUCUGUUCCUGCAGGUACCUACGGCAGGCCGGCUCUUUGUUACCUUCCGCUCUUCCUUCCCCAGGUGCUCGAAGGUACGGAUGGCUGAAGCCGGCUGCAGUUGGGCUCCAGCAGCUCUGCUGCUGGUUUAAAGCUCCUGCUGUGAGGUUUGCACGGCUGGCAGCUCGGCAUCCCUGCCGCUGUUACGUGGGAAAGGUCAGGGGAUGCUUCCUGGGCUGCCAGCACCUGGUUCCUGAAUGGUGGCGAGGAUUGGAGUGGCUUGGAAAAAAGAAACCCUCCAUCUUCCUUAGCAGAAUGCUGAAGCGAGGGGGUGUGCUGUGGUGUGUAGGUGCAGGGAAGCUGUGCAGACAAAUUGAGGGAUCUCUGCCUAUUUUUAGUUGCAGUUUUCUUAACAUCUGCUUCCUUCCCACAGUUCGCUGCUUGGCGAUGCGGUACAACCUAGGAUCAGACUUCAGAAGGCUUGCUGUGUGUGUUAAGUUGCUCUGGGGCUUGGGGUUAAAGGCAUAAUUUUGCAUACAAAGCCAGGGUGCAGCCACAAGCUGCUUCUCUCUCCUUAUCACGCACUAAAAAGCCACUGAUUCUUUGAUCUGUGCAUACUCUGCCAACCUGGGAUGCUGUUAAAGUAUGGCCCAGGUUCUUAGUUAUUUCAGAUGAGCCCAUUGUAUGGAAUGGUAAGCAGUGUCCUGCCACCUGCUCAGAGCAGUGGAGGCACUGAUCCUAACACCAGCAUACCAUUAAGGAGAUGCAGUGACAUAACUAGUGGAUGGUGUUUGUUUUUCUAUUUUUUAAUAUAUUUAUAAAAGCAGCGCUUUGGUUGUAAAGAAUAGUUAAAACACAUUGCUUUCAGGAAUGCCUAAUUGUUUUGUCAUUAUUUCUUUUGUUAUUUAUUGCCACCUCACCAGGCAGAGCGCUGCUUUCUGCACAAUGCUGGCUAAUGAGGCAGAGUCACUAAGGAGGAUAUAUUUUAAAACAUUUAAUUUUACUUCCAUCACGCUCCAACAAUUCUGUAUCAGCUCUUAGGGAAUGCUCACUGCCUUAGAAGCACUAAGUGUCAUUAAGUUCCUCCCUGACAGAACACUCGACUGAAGUGAUCAAGUGAAGGUGUUUCAAGGUGUGAUUGUGCUGAGUUUUGCUUUUGAAACUGGAAGUGAGUUUUGAGGGCUCUGCUGGGAGUUUGGAGCCCAGGGUUUUAUAUUUCCAUUCUGGAUCCUUUUUGUCCUGCACUUCUCUGGGCUCACGCUGGGAUAUCGAGGUGCCUCUUCGUGGGACUGUACGAAACGACCACAGGAAACACCUUCUGAAAAUCAGUUCCAUGUUUCCCUUUGCAGUUCUUUCGCCUCCUUUUUAUCACCGAAUCUUCAAAAACUGUUAGCAGAAGAAAUAAAAAGCAUUACAGCGAAUGGCAGCUGGGAGAACAGCCUGUGCUAAUUCAGGAAAAAAAGGGUAUGAGCCCAUUUUGGGGCAUCGUUUUGUUAGGGAAUACAUAUGUGUACACAUGUGUGUAUUUAUGUGUCUUUAUGCAUAUGCAGAUACGUGUGUGCCCAUGCACACAUGCCACCACUUGCUCUGGUUGCUGCUCCUUGGAUGUACAGCAUGUGAGAGAUCUGAUGCUGUCCACCAUCCAGGGCCGUGUGCUGCCUCAGCUCAGGCUGCUGCCGUUACCAGGAGUGGGAAUUCUGUUUUACAAACACAUCUCCUGUGAACUUGUGACCAUAAACACAAAUCAUCCCCUGCAUCACAAACCGUUUUAAAGAAAGAUGAUUUCAUAGGAUAGCUCUAUGGUUGACUUCCUAAUGAAUUAUUUUGAACUUGCUGAAGAUGCUCGUGGCAGUGCCUAAUGUGCGCUUGCAGAUGUCGCCGUCGUGCUGAGCUGUGCCUUGUCAUUUCUUUGAAUGGAAGAGUGAAUUAGACAUGUCCAGAAGCUGGGAUAUUUUCCUACGUGUACAUUGGAUCUCAAAAGACUAAGAAGCUGCUUUGAUAGAAAUUUGCUUUGGGGAGAGGAUGGUCAUUGCUUCAUCUCAGCUAAAUGACUAGAGUUCAAUGCAGUUAGUUAGUAUCCCUUUGCUAUCAAAUCCCAUUAUUGGACGGCCUGUCAGAAAGAACAGCAUAGAAAUAGAGGUGCUGAGGAAGGAGAGAUGAGUUAAACAGAUCUCUGUUAUCUUUUAGGCAGAGGUGAGGAGUGCUGCCCAGAGUUGGCCAUUGGAAAGCAAGCUUUGUUUCUCCAUGGUGCACACACUGCACUUCAGACACACUGUUAACUUCACCAUCUGUCAGAAAAUGCUCCAUGAGAACAGGUUGUGUGCAGCACUCAGAAUCAUCCUCUGGUUCUUUGUCCAUUGUGCUCCUCUGACUCUCGUUAUCUCAUUAUUAGGAAUGUUGACAUUCCCUUCUCCACCUUCUCAAGCUAGCAGGGCUAAUUCUGAAUUUGUUGUGUAAUUCUUUUCUGUAUGCUGCUGAACUUGUGGUAAUUGUGACUUCUCAGCAAUGUAAGAUUUUUACAUAGAACUCUGCGUGGGGCAAGAAAGGAAGGAGGAGGAGCUGUGAUUCUUCAUGUUGGUUUGGCUUUUGAUUGGAUGCGUUUUAGAAAAAUACUUCCAGGUUGACCAAGAUAAUGAUGCAGUGCUUUCCUUUUUACAGUUUGAAGAUAAAUCUGAUGCAGUAUUUGAUAUUACAGAAAAAUGUAGUGAAAUCCUGGAUGCAGAAAUGUCUGAGGAUGCUGUGCACAACUUACCAGCCACCCUCGACAGCGUUUCUUAUGAAAUACAGAAUCGAGCAGGAUCUGAAAACUCCCUGCUGGAUGAUGACGACGACGAUGAUUAUUUUCUGAACUCUGGGGAUUUGGCAAGCAUACCUGUUGUUGGGAGCGACAACGAAGAUGAUCAGAGUUUCACUCCAAAAGACACUCUCCCUGCUGAAGACCAUCUGGAAGAGGGCAAGAGGGUUACAGAGCACGAGCUGGACAGUGAAAAAGAUAUUCAGAUCGAAAAUGCAAUCCAGAAGGAUCUCACUUCACCUUUUGAGCAGGGUCCUGUAUUUAAAUCAAUUCAAAAAGAUUUUAGCAUCGCAAGAGAUAAUGGCAAAGAGACUUUUUCAACAAAAGACAAGAAUAGAGAAGUAAAUCUUCAAGAACAUGAAAAACGGUUGGAAAAAAUCCCUAAAGAUACGGAUUCUAGAUUGAAAAGCAGUUUUCUUGACAAAGCAGUUCAUAAUCAAGUAGAAGAAACAUUACGGACGCAGUUAGCGCCACAAACUCCAGAAACUAACUUCAGGGAGUCUAGCUACCUAUUUUCUAGUAAGGAAUCUAUUGGACAAGAGCUGGGGAAUUCCUUUGCACCAAAUAUUAGAAUUAAGGAGGAGCCUUUGGAUGACGAAUAUGAUAAAGCUAUGGCCCCACAGCAGGGACUAUUAGACAAAAUUAAAGAUGAACCUGAUAAUUCUGAGGAGUACGGCCAACAGCCAAAAACUCAGGAAGGGGAGCUGAAAAUCAGUGCUGUAUUUUCAGUCAGUGGCAGUCCUCUUGCUCCACAGCUGUCAUCGGGUUUCCAGCCUGCUGUGGCAUCCUCUGGCAUGAGUAAAAUGCUUCCUUCAGUUCCAGGCACAGCUGUUCGGGUUUCCUGUUCUGGCUGUAAAAAAAUCCUCCAGAAGGGGCAGACUGCAUACCAGAGGAAAGGCUCUACCCAGCUCUUCUGCUCCACACUGUGCCUCACUGGAUACACUGUUCCAGCUUGUCGCCCACCAGCUUCUACCAAGAAAACCUGCUCAAGCUGCUCGAAAGAAAUCCUAAAUCCAAAGGAUGUAAUCACUGCCCAGUUUGACAAUACGAAUUCCAGUAAGGAUUUCUGCAGCCAGUCGUGUCUUUCUACGUAUGAAAUGAAAAGGAAACCUAUUAUUACUAUUCACACUAACAGCAUUUCAACCAAGUGCAGCAUGUGCCAGAAGAAUGCAGUGAUCAGACAUGAAGUGAAUUACCAGAACGUCGUACACAAGCUUUGCAGUGAUGCCUGCUUCUCCAAGUUCCGCUCUGCUAAUAACUUGACCAUGAACUGCUGUGAGAACUGUGGAGGUUACUGCUACAGUGGGUCUGGGCAGUGUCGCAUGCUGCUGAUAGAGGGACAGUCAAAAAAGUUCUGCAGUUCGACAUGUGUGACACUAUACAAGCAGAAGUCAGCUAAAAUUACACCCUGUGCACUGUGUAAAUCCUUGAGAUCUUCAGCUGAGAUGAUAGAGAGCACAAAUAACUCGGGAAAAACUGAGCUGUUUUGCUCUGUUAACUGCUUGUCAGCAUACAGAGUAAAAAUGGUUACUUCGUCAGGUGUUCAAGUUCAGUGCAACAGCUGUAAAACUUCAGCCAACCCUCAGUAUCACUUGGCUAUGUCAGAUGGGAGCGUACGCAAUUUCUGCAGCUACAACUGUGUGGUAGCUUUUCAGAAUUUGUUCAACAAACCUGCAGGAGUGAACUCUUCAGUCGUACCCCUGUCUCAAGGUCAAGUCAUCGUAAGCAUUCCCUCGGGGACAACGGUGUCAGCAGGUGGCACCACCUCCACUGCAUCUCCCAGCUCUGGGAGCAGCUCAGCUGCAGCUGGUCUACAGAGGCUGGCUGCCCAGUCCCAGCAAGUCACUUUUGCCCGCAAGGUUGUAAAACUCUGGUGUCAGCACUGUAACAGAUUAUUUGCAACCAAGCCAGAACUGCUUGACUUCAAGGGUAAAAUGUUCCAGUUUUGUGGGAAGACCUGCUGUGAUGAAUAUAAGAAGAGGAGGAGUGUAACAGCACUGUGUGAAUACUGCAGAACUGAGAAAAUUAUCAAGGAGACGGUGCGAAUCGCGGGCAUAGAUAAGCCAUUCUGCAGUGAAGGUUGCAAACUGCUCUAUAAACAUGACUUGGCUAAGCGCUGGGGAAACCACUGUAAAAUGUGCAGCUACUGUUUGCAGACCUCCCCCAAACUGGUCCAGAAUCUCUUUGGGGGGAGAAUGGAAGAAUUCUGCUCAGAAGAGUGCAUGUCUAAAUUCACAGUUUUGUUUUACCAGAUGGCAAAUUGUGAUGGUUGUAAGAGACAAGGUAAACUCAGCGAGUCUCUGAAAUGGCAAGGAGAUGUGAAACAUUUUUGCAAUCUGCUUUGUAUUCUGAUGUUCUGUAAGCAGCAACGUACUUCUGACCUUCCAGCCUCAAACAACACAGCAAACCCUUCUACAGCACCAGCUUCCUCGUCAGGCCCUCCUUCUUUGAGGAAGGACUCAACCCCAGUCAUAGCAAAUGUGGUGUCCCUUGCGAGCACCCCUGCUGCCCAGCCUACGGUUAACUCCAACAAUGUUUUACAGGGAGCAGUCCCUACAGUGACAGCAAAAAUAAUAGGAGAUGCAAGCACUCAGACAGAUGCCCUGAAACUGCCAUCUUCACAGCCACCUAGGCUUCUGAAAAACAAAGCAUUGUUGUGCAAGCCAAUCACACAGACCAAGGCCACCUCAUGCAAACCUCAUACACAAAAUAAAGAAUGCCAGACAGAGGAAGAAGAAGUUCAACCCAAAAUCAUUGUGGUACCUGUUCCUGUACCAGUGUUUGUGCCAGUACCCCUCCACCUCUACACACAGUACACGCCAGUUCCACUUGGGAUGCCAGUACCUGUACCUGUUCCCAUGCCUUUCCCAACUACUUUGGAUAAUGCUGAUAAGAUCCUUGAAACAAUUCAGGAUAUCAAAGAGAAGAUUCCCAUAAGUCCAUUUGAAGCAGAUCUCCUUCAGAUGGCAGAAAUGAUUGCAGAAGAUGAGGAGAAAGACAAAACACACUCUCAUGGUGGCUCUCAAACAUCUGAGCAUGAGCUCUUCCUGGACCCCAAGAUGUUUGAGAAAGACCAAGGUAGCACUUACAGUGGAGAUCUAGAAUCAGAAGCAGUAUCCACUCCACACAGCUGGGAAGAAGAGUUGAAUCACUAUGCCUUACGAUCAAACGCCCUGCCAGAACCAGAUCCAGAACCCAAGCAGAUCUCCAAAGGUGAAGUGGAGCAGGACCUGGAGGCAGAUUUUCCAUCAGACUCAUUUGACCCUCUCAGUAAGGGACUGGGUUUGCAUUCGCGUUCACGAGCAAGACGGAGGCACAGAGAUGGCUUCCCCCAGCCAAAAAGACGGGGACGAAAGAAGUCUGUAGUUGCUGCAGAGCCCCGCAAUCUGAUGCAGGGCUCCUACCCAGGAUGCUCUGUUUCUGGGAUGACCCUGAAGUACAUGUAUGGGGUAAAUGCCUGGAAGAACUGGGUCCAAUGGAAAAAUGCACAGGAGGAACAAGGGGACCUGAAGUUUUCAGUUCGUCCUGUGAAGCUCAAGGAGGACAUUCUCUCGUGCACUUUUGCUGAGCUGAGCUUUGGCCUGUGCCAAUUUAUUCAAGAGGUGCGGAGACCGAAUGGAGAAAAAUACGAUCCUGACAGCAUCUUAUAUUUGUGCCUUGGAAUUCAGCAGUACCUGUUUGAGAAUGGUAGAAUAGAUAACAUUUUUACCGAGCCCUAUUCCAGGUUUAUGAUUGAACUUACAAAACUUUUGAAAAUCUGGGAACCUACAAUUCUUCCAAAUGGUUAUAUGUUCUCAAGAAUAGAAGAGGAACACUUGUGGGAGUGUAAGCAACUGGGUGCAUAUUCCCCCAUAGUUUUACUGAACACGCUGCUAUUCUUCAACACCAAAUACUUUCAACUAAAGAAUGUCAGUGAGCACCUGAAGCUGUCCUUUGCCCACGUCAUGAGGAGGACCAGGACCCUGAAGUACAAUACUAAGACAACAUAUUUACGUUUUUUCCCACCCUUUCAAAAACAAGAGGUAGAAUCAGAUAAACUGUCUGUAGGCAAAAGGAAACGUGGAGAAGAUGAGGAGAUUUCAACAGCAGUGGAAAUGGCUGAAAAUGCAGAUAACCCCCUGAGGUGUCCGGUGCGACUCUAUGAAUUUUACUUGUCAAAAUGCUCCGAAAGCGUGAAGCAGAGAAGUGAUGUGUUUUACCUUCAGCCCGAGCGCUCCUGUGUACCCAACAGCCCCAUGUGGUAUUCCACAUUGCCCAUAGACCCAGGGACCUUGGACAUCAUGUUAACUCGCAUUCUUAUGGUGAGGGAGGUACACGAAGAACUUGCCAAAGUCAAAUCAGAAGAUUCUGAUAUUGAGUUAUCAGACUAAGUGAAGUGGGAUGUUUUCCUUUGAAUGCAUCGGAAGCACCAAACUGUGAAUACGUCCAGCUUUUGGAAAAUGUGUAUGAAAUCAGCCAGGAUCGUGUCACCUACAGGCAUAUUUGGAACCACAGCGGAUGUACAAACUGGAACUGGAAGGAGACAAGCUCCAUAAGCUGCAAGAAGCAACGUCCUGUGGCAGGCAGCCACGAAUCCUCUGAACAAAUUCAAGUUGAACUAACCUGUUUGAGUGGUGCAUAAAUCCUUUAUCUGUGUAGGGUUUAAAAAAGAAAAAAAAAAAAAAAAAAAAGAUUUUUUUUUUAAGGAAAAUGGUCGUGGAACAUCUCCCAUAACGGUGUCAGGCUGUGGCUCACGUCACCUCUCGGCCUGCUGGCUGGCAGUCCUUGCUGCCAAAGAACAGUGGAGAUCUUGGAGGUCUUCACGGGAACAGGAGAGGAUUUGGUGGUAUGGAGAGAAGCAGGCGACUUCCGUGACAAACACCAACAAGCUUUUGUAAUGUUUUUUAAAGCCGGGAUCAAACGCUGGCAGGCAGAGGCUGAGGGCACAGCAGGGAGCUGCUGAAGCCGUGGCUGCGGUGCCAGCCUUGCUGUCAGCCCAGGGCAGCAGCUCCCAGCCGAGCUGUGCUGUAGGUCAAAGCUGAGAGCAUCGCCUCUGGGUUCCCUAUGGGAGGGGGCAGCCGUGGGGCAGGAGCAGCAGAUCCUUUCCCUGCCCCCAGCUCUGCAGGCUGUCGAUUCUAAUCUAGCAAAUACUGAGGUGCGUGGACGUUUUUUUUCCCCCUUGAGGCAGCUUUCCUUUCUCCUCUCUCCCCACUCCUGUGGUUUUGGUUAUUUCAGAGGGCAGAUCCCCAGGGUUACUCGCACAAAGGGACGUGCACUCUUUCUCUUUCCACCCUUGCAGUGUGUGCAGUGUUGUCCGAAGGACGCAGUAUUACUUCUGACAGCAGAACUGUGGCAGCCAGCAGCCCUGUGUGUCUUUCCCACCCCACGCAGGGAGGUGCAGAGUUGUGAUGCUGGGGAGUCAGGAAGCCUUUCUGGAGGCUUGGCUUUGAAGAGAAGAGCUCCCACCUUGUGCUGAGAGGACAGGACCUCAUCAGAUGCUGUACCUCCAUCCAUAGCUGUGUGUUUCUGAUGACUUAGCGACCACAAAUGCAUUGGAAACCCAAACUCUGCAGAAGAGAAUGGUGUGGGUUUUCUCUAGUUCUGGUCAGCUGUCCAUCUGCUGUAAAACAGGGCUCUGACAUUUGAUCUCGUCACUACAAUUUCAAGAGGUGAAAAUCAACAGCCUUUCGUUACCUUUGCUUUUUGGUUUCGUUUUUCGUUCGUUGGUCGUUGUCUUUUUUUUUUUUAAUUAUUUUUUUUUU